UCAAUUGUCAGUACGUGUACGGCGAUAAGCAGAUGCGGUUGUGUGUUGUCGGCCGUUAUACACAUCGAUGUAACGUCUGGCAGCGCGCUUAUCAGCCGCAGUGGAUCGCACGCGAUAACACUUUCGCGAAAAUGUAAAGGUGAGUUGAUCAUUCCGAAGCGAUAUUUAAGAGUGGCUAAAGAAAAAUAAACGGUGCUACUUUCGCAACACGACGACGCCGUGUAUCUGAUGUGUUCAUUCGUGAUUCUACGGAGAGGAAAGUGCGAGACCGUCGGGUCAAUUUUUCCAACAGGUAUCAUCCGCUCGCAUUCGUGAUCCAUCAUCGUCAUCGACUCCGAAUUUUCUCAGUCGGGAUCCGUUGAUUUUCCCGACGCGCAAGAAAAAUGUGAACUAAACGCUUCGCAACGACGAAUUCGGGAGACGCCAUCCGUUUUCAACGAGGCCACGUGGACCGCGUAGGGAGCCAGGAAAAAUAUGUGCCAGCAUGUCCGAGGACGACGCGCAGGAAGCAGCCAGAGAGGAGAUCGAGAGACAAGGGUCUCUUUACGUGUUCCCGGGUACCGGUCGCCCCAGCUGCGCGACGUCAACGUCGUCAUCGUCGACGUCGACGUCGACGGCACCUCUUCAACCACCCCCCAUUAACCUUUACGGUGGUUCAACCGCGACAAGCAACGCGGCGAUGACGACUGGCACGACGGCAAACACGGCGUUGACGACUACAUCCGCGAAGAUCAGCAACGGCGACGAAGACGAGGACGCUGUAGAAGAGGUCACCUCGCCAGCGAGGAGAAAAUCCGUACUGAGGACGCAUACCAGAUCGGCGAGCCAUGGCGGUAUCCUGGCGGAUUGUACGGCCGGGUCGCAGACCUAUGGGUCCUUCCUGGGCCCGCUGACGACGGUGGGAAGCGCGUCGGCCGCGGGUCGACCGUCAGCGCUCAAGAAGUCGGGUCACCAGAGAGCCUUCAGCCAGGGUCAAGUGGCGGACGUGACGCAAGGCCAGUCAGCCGUAACGGGACACCAUCGCGUCGGCUCCAGAACGGACUUCAUCCUGCCACCGGGCCACAGGGAAGACGGCAGCAGGCCACCGACUGCCGGCAGGAUGCCUUCCUUUCGCGGUCAUUCCCGUCAGGCGUCCAGAUCGGAGUCUAUCUAUACGAUAAGACGUAGCGUCGCGCCUCCCUGGUGGAGGAGACUAUGGGCUCACUGUUUCGGUCCGCUGCCGGAGGAGCCCCGUCUCAGGACAAUAGUGCCGAAUCAUUUGGUUCCUCCGAAAACUCCGAAGAGCCAGCAUCCCAACGGGGAUCGGGCGGACAACAGGGUACGCACAACAAAGUACACGGCGUUGACCUUCCUACCUCGCAACCUGCUCGAGCAGUUCCACCGCGUGGCCAAUUUGUAUUUCAUCUUCAUCGUGCUGCUUAAUUGGGUGCCAGCGAUAAACGCUUUCGGCAAGGAGGUUGCUAUGAUACCGGUGAUGUUCGUUCUCGGCGUCACGGCGCUUAAGGACUUCUUCGAAGAUCGCCGUCGUCUCGCCAGUGACCGGCGUGUGAACAACUCCACCUGUCGCGUCUACGUUAGCGAGGGCGACAGAUACAUGAAGGUAGCGUGGAAGGAUGUCAAGGUGGGUGAUCUGGUUCACCUCUCGAACAACGAACUGGUACCGGCUGAUCUCCUGCUUCUACGAAGCAGCGAUCCUCAGGGAUUAGCUUAUCUCGACACGUGCAACCUCGACGGUGAAUCGAAUCUGAAGCAACGCCAGGUAGUCAGGGGUUUUCUCGACCUGCAAGACACCUUUCAGCCUUCCAAGUUUCGAUCGGUGGUCGAGGUCGAUCAGCCAAGCACUAGGACGUACAGGUUCCAUGGUGCCGUGGUACAUCCGAACGGCGGUAGGGUGCCGGUGUCCACGGAGAAUCUUUUACUCAGGGAAUGCGUUCUAAAAAACACCGAUUUUGUCGAGGGUAUAGUCGUAUACGCCGGUCACGAGACCAAAGCACUGCUGAAUAACGGCGGACCGAGAUACAAGCGUUCUCUUCUGGAGAAGCAAAUGAACAGGGACGUAAAGUGGUGCGUGGUGAUACUUGUGGUAUUGUGCGUGAUCGGUGCUUUCGGUUGCCGAUUAUGGUUGUCCGCGUACAUGGGUCUGUCGUUCGUGCCAUUUCUGCCGGUGAUGCAAGAGCCGAUCUAUGAGAGCAUACUGACCUUCCUAACUUUUGUCAUAAUAUUCCAAGUGAUGAUACCGCUAAGUCUGUACGUGACGAUUGAGAUGGCUAAGGUGGGACAGGUGUACCACAUCGGCCACGACCCGGCUCUCCACGACACGGAAAGCGGCCGUAAGGCCGAGUGCCGCGCGUUGAAUAUCACCGAGGAACUAGGCCAAGUACAGUAUGUCUUUUCCGACAAGACCGGCACUCUCACAGAGAACAAAAUGCUAUUCAGAAGAUGCGCGGUGGGCGGGCAGGAUUAUUCGCAUACAGGCGACAACGAGAAUUUACAUCUGUGUUCGCGACUUAAGGAAGACCUGCUCAUAGGUACAUUCCGACAUCGCCUACAGGAGUUUCUUAUUGUCUUAGCCACGUGUAACACGGUUGUCGUAAAUUCUCAACCGCAUCACGAUAUUAUGAACUCUAGCGGUGUCAUCGAGGAGCCUCAAAAAAACGGAGCUGGUUCUGCGAGAGUAAUAGAAACGGAUGGAAAUUCAUUUCCGACCGCCAAUUCGCCACCGGUACCGAUGUCUCCGAACAACAGAGCUAUUCACACUUUAUCGCCGAUAUCACCUGUAAUUAGCACGGCCAACACGUUCGACGACGCGCCGAAAUUCCUGUUUAAAAUGUCCAGACCGAAAUUGCUGCAUGUAUCGUCGAUACCGAGCCUGAGCAUCGGACUAUUGGGACGUAAGCUUUCACCGGAUGGACAAAAGAAACGCAGUCCGGACGGAAAAAACGGCGACGAUUUGCUACAGAGUCCGGCGAUCUACGAGGCGGAAAGCCCGGACGAGCUGGCACUGGUGCACGCGGCGCGCGCUUACGACAUCAAGCUGGUGAAACGGACACCCCGUAGCGCGAUCGUGUCCUUUCCGGACAAAUCAAUGCUCGCGUUCGAGAUAUUACACGUAUUGCCGUUCGACUCGAACAGGAAGUGCAUGUCGGUGCUGCUCAGGCAUCCUCACACCGGCGAGAUAGUGUUGUACAGCAAAGGCGCCGACACGACGAUGCUGCCGGCCCUGUCGGCGAGCGACGAGAACGUCGUCGCUUCGCGCAGCAUCCAACAGUACCUGCAGUCGUACGCGCGUCAAGGAUUACGCACGCUGGUGAUGGCGAGGAGAACGCUGACGCCGCAGGAGUACGAAGCGUGGCGGCAGAAGCACGACGAGGCGGAACUGGCGACCGAGAAUCGUGAACGUCGCAUACGCGACUCGUAUGCGACAUUGGAGUCGCACUUGACGCUACUCGGGGUAACUGGCAUCGAGGAUAAACUGCAGGCCGGCGUGCCUGAAACGAUGGCCGCUCUGGUCGCCGCCGGGAUCGUCGUGUGGGUUCUGACAGGUGAUAAGCCGGAGACCGCAGUGAACGUGGCUUACUCGGCGCGGCUCUUUUCACCGGCUAUGCAGCUACUGCAGCUGCAGGCGCGAUCGAAGUCCGUCGCUGAAACGCUCAUACGCGGCUAUCUGGAAUCUGCGCGGAAGGAGAGUGUGAACGGCCAUCCGCAGUCAGGCAUGAUGGGCGUCGCGGAUCCCGCCGGCAUGUACAAUCGCGAUUACGCCGAGAGGGACGCGCACAGGAUCGGCAGUCCAUGGCCGCGACAACGCGCGCUUGUCGUGGACGGUAAAACGUUAACUGUGAUCCUGGAUCCGCGAUCAGGUUUGACGGGCCCCUUCCUCGAACUCACAAAAACAUGUUCUAGCGUCUUGGCCUGUCGCGCCACGCCGUUGCAAAAGGCAUAUAUAGUCCGCAUCGUUAAAAAGCAAUUAGGAAUGAGAACAUUAGCAAUCGGCGACGGCGCGAACGACGUCAGCAUGAUACAGACCGCCGACGUAGGCGUCGGUAUCUCGGGACAAGAAGGCACGCAAGCCGUAAUGGCGGCGGAUUUCGCGAUUUCCCGGUUUCCUAUGCUCAGCCAGCUUCUACUUCUGCACGGACACUGGUGCUACGAUCGUCUCGCCAGAAUGAUUUUGUAUUUCUUUUACAAGAACGCUACCUUUGUCUUCCUCAUAUUCUGGUUCCAACUGUACUGCGGCUUUUCCGGUACCGUAAUGAUAGAUCAAAUAUAUUUAAUGCUAUACAACUUGCUGUUCACCUCGCUGCCGCCCCUUGCUAUGGGCAUUUAUGAUCGAGUCGCCACACCUAACGUGCUACUUUCAGCGCCAGGAUUAUAUACAAGGGGACGCUUGGGACUCGUUUAUCAGUCACACUCCUUCUGGCUCACUAUCAUCGAUGCACUUUAUCAAAGUAUUAUCAUUUUCUUUAUUACCAAAGAGGUUUAUCACGAUUCGAUUAUCGACAUAUGGGAAUUCGGAACAACUAUUAUGACGGCGUGCAUUGUCGUCAUGCUGGUUCACGCUGCCAUAGAAAUUAAGUCUUGGACUAUAAUUCAUCUUGGUGCCAUCUUGGGUUCCUUGGGCAUAUUCUUCGGAUUUUGCCUAUUUUACAAUUACGUUUGCGUCAAUUGCAUGGGUCUGCCCGGAUCUUACUGGAUAAUGGAAAAGGCCAUUACUCAUCUUACGUACUGGUUAACAGUGGUACUUGUGUCUGUCCUUGCGCUAAUGCCUAGGCUUGUAUAUAAGGCGUUACGAUCCACUAUCGCACCAGAGGCUAUGCAGGUCGUCUCGAGGCAGGUUGCCGCGAAAAGCGGUAGUCCAGUACGUCGGCAACGUAUCAGUAAUCAGAGAGGCGAAGUCAAUUUUAUCGCUGGAUGGUCACGCUCUUCCCAACACGCUACCAUCAGGCCCGGCAGUUACACAAGCAAAAGCAACGCUCUCACGACUAUCGUCGCGUGAGACGCGAAAUAUAAUCAGAUAAAGUGUGCCUAUUUCACUAAUCUAGAAACCCGACCAAAAAAAAAAAAAAAAAAAUAAGAAAAAUCGCCGAAAAAAGAGAAACCGACUUUCCGCUGUGACAAUCUUCUUUGAGAAUUGGUGUUUCUUUACCGAUUCAGAAAGGAUCUUCUGAAAGUCGUUUGCACUGACAGUCUUGAUUAAUUAUUCCUGUUCUUAGGUUGCAUAGUUGUAGUUACAAUAAUGUUGACACGAAAGAAAGGAAAACUAAUCAUGACUGUGAUGCAGCUGGGCAUAAAAACUCACUAUUGAACUUUACACUAUAGAUUAUUAAGAAGCGUCGAAACUUCGUCACGUGCGAGAUAAUCGUGCGCGUCAUCGUGCGCCCAUCGCGGCGUGCUUGUUAUCAAACGCGUGAUAACGCUAACGUUUCAUUGCCAUUCUCGAGUUAUGAUUUCGGUUGAUUUAAAAUCGCGUGGCCUUAAAUCUCAGAUCGUUCGUUGCAUUUAAUGGCUGUGACUUCUAGGGACCAAGACUGUGUGUGCAUAACUUAAUCAGACAGAUCGGAUUCGAGUGCAAGUCUAUGCUGCGCUAUAUCAAAUAUUUUAUUUUUAUUUUCUUUUUUCGACAUAGAAUUUCACUCGAACGUGCAUACGUAACUUUUGAUUGGAUCGUAUGGAAGAUUAACUUCAGAGACGGACGCAUAUCGAGCGUUUUGUUUGUAUACCUUUGAAGAAUAUGUGUACAAAGUUGUGAAGAGAAUGCAAAGUAUAUAUGUGUAUAUGUAGGUGUUCCGCGAGCGCAGUUCAAUCGCUAAUAGAUUUUAUUCAAUCAGUUUAUUUUCUAAAUAAACUUUUUUAAUCAAGUUAACGUAAAAUAUUACAUAAUUCGUAAAGUAAAUAGCAGGAAGCAGGCGCGGACGUUUCAAGAAACCAUGACUGCGCCGAGAUUCACUAUUUCCGGUCGAUCUGCGAUCGAUGGAACGCCUGAUAAAUUAUAAUAUGAUGACGUUAUAUACGUGCUUUGUUAUAUUUAUUGUUGUGUUAUCAACUGUAAUAUCGGAGAAAAUAUUGUGAAAUAUAUCAAUUUAAAGCUUUUAAUUUGGAUAAUUGAUAUAAAUAUAUAUAUUGAAUGUUAUAUCGAUACCAUGUUACACGUGCUAUCUGAUAGUAUUUUGAUAAUGUGCGAAUUAUAUAUUGUGUGCGUUUACCGACGUAAGGAGAGUGUUGCGCUAUUAAAAAACAAGUCAACUGUC